ACAUGAUGCAGUAGAUUCGGCAUCCUCGACAUGGCCGGUGCACGGGAUGCGGCUGGUCACGAGGAAGGUGCAGCGGAGGAUCCUGAUUCAGAAUCCGAAGAUUUGGAUGACUACGAGGAGGCCUGGGCUUGUGCAAGCAAGAAUGAUCUUGGUGGCAGCAUUGGCGCCAAGCAGGCAAGCGUGCAGCGGCUACAGUCUCGUGUCAACUUUGACCCAUUGCCUCGUGCUGCCAUGAGUCACGCUGCGCAGAAUUCAGCUGUCCAAAGUGAACGGAAGGCAGCCGCAUUCAGGAAUCAGGGCCUCACACAGGACUCGCGGGCAACGGUGGAGCAAGUUCUUGACCCUCGGACCAUGCAUGUCCUAAGCAAGUUCCUGAAGCGAGGUCUCUUUGAUGAGAUCCACGGAUGCAUCAGCACCGGGAAGGAAGCCAACGUGUACUAUGCGACCAGCGCUGAUGGCAGUGAGAGAGCGGUGAAGGUCUACAAAACGUCCAUCUUGGUUUUCAAAGACCGAGCAAGAUAUGUUGAAGGCGAAUUUCGCUUCCGACAGGGCUACUGCAAAGGCAAUCCUCGAAAAAUGGUCGCUCAAUGGGCAGAGAAGGAGAUGCGCAAUCUUCGGCGCCUUGCGGCGGCCGGCAUCCCAUGCCCGGAGGCCAAUCGAAGCUCAGAUGUCCCCGUCGCAUUUGCCAAGAAAAGGCGCAAUGUAAUCCAUGCCGACAGUGUGCAGGUCAUCGAUGUACGUCAAAACGUGCUGGUGAUGGACUUUCUGGGGCAAGAGAGCAAUGCCGCUCCAAGAUUGAAGGAUACGGAUGGCCUGGACUCAUCGGCCUGGCAGUCGCUGUACAUUGACUGCGCUGUGCUGAUGCGCAAAAUGAUGCAGCAAUGCAGAUUAGUACACGGAGAUCUUUCCGAGUAUAACAUGUUGUACUUUGCCGGGAACCUCUACAUCAUUGACGUUUCUCAGUCAGUGGAGAGUGAUCAUCCGCACGCUUUGGACUUCUUGAAAAGGGACUGUGUGAAUGUCAACAGCUUUUUCGGCAAGCGGAUGCUCAGCGAAGUGAUACCCGUGAAGCGAUUGUUCGACUUUGUUGUCACGCGUGAUUUGCAGAGGUCGGCCAGAAGUGCAGCGAAUGAAUCGCUGGAUGUGGAGGCUUGCAAGGAGCUGUUGCAAGAUGCAGCAGAUGGCAAGUUUGAGGACGAUGCUAUUGAAGAUGAGGUGUUUAUGCAGACCUGGAUCCCAAGCAACUUGAACCAGGUUUCUGAUCAGCGCUUCCUGGAGCGGGAGCUUGAUAAGAGACAACGUGGUGAGGAGGUACUCUACGAGCGGCUUUUGGCGGACAACCCUGAGGAAGGUUCUGAUGUCCAGGAGCCGAAAGAAGACGCUGACCAAGCUGACUCGGACGAAGAUGAAGGAGGGAGUGAAUCAGGAGACGAAAGCAAGCUUGAUGGGCACAAGCCCGAAGGAAUGGACAAGGCGGAGUGGAAGCGAAAGGUCAAAGAGGAGAAGCGAGAGAAGAGGAAGGAGAAAGUCCCCAAGGCGCUCAAGAAGCGGUUCCGCAAGCAAGCUGCACAAGGACGAUGAGCUUGGCUUGGUGCUUGCUGUUCUUGCGAGUAGGAAGCGCCAAAGGUGCGACCUUUGUACAGAGCACCUGGGUGCAAGUGCAAUUCUCACCGGUUUGGGCUGUUCUCCUAUUGAGUGAGAGGCACUGGUUCAGAUGAGAAUCGCAUUUUCCCACGCCUUGCAACGUUGGCGCCUGACAAGCGGCGCCCAAAGACUAAGACCGCUUGCC